AGGUUCCCCGCAGCCACCAUCUCGCCUGUCGACAACGACGUUGCACGACGGGGGCGCGGCGACGAUUUUUUGCCCUCCUUAGCGCUCACGACGCUCACGACGUGCACCCACGAGUGCUCACGACGCGCACCCACGAUCACGAGCAGCACGCAGCCCACCAUGACCUCCCCGGGCGACACGUCCUCGUCCUCCUCGAACCCGGCGCACCCCACAACAGCGACGACACGGCGCAGAUCCGACUCCCCCGACUAUCCAGCCUCAAAGAAGCGGCGCAGGACGUUCACCGCGGACGAUCGCGCGCAGCACAGGGUUAUUGAGAAGCAGAGGCGGGAGGCGCUGAAUGAGAAGUUUAUCGACCUUGCUCGCCUCCUCCCCAACCUAGCGCACGUUCGCCGCCUUUCCAAAGGCCUCAUCGUCGAUGCGUCCAUCGCGCACCACAAGCGUCAGCGCGCGCAGCGCCUGCUCGCUUCGCAAGAGGUGCGCGUGCUGCUCGAGGAGAGGGAAGGGCUAUACAAGGAGCUGGACGCGCUGAGGGAGCGGCUGAAGGAGCCGCCAGCCAAUGCAGCACCCAAGCGCCCCGACCUGCGUCCCGAAACGAAGCAGAUCCUCGCCGUCGAGGAAGAGGUGUGCGGGACUUUCCCGGCUGGGUUUGGGGAUAAUGGGCCUGAGGACGGACAAGAAGAUGGGGAGAAUGGGGACAGCGAUAUGCGGGGAUCGAGGAGUCCGGAGAGGGAGGUAUCGGGGAGAGAGGUGGCAGCGAAGGAAUCGGGGAAAGCUACGAUGACAGCCAUGGAGGGAUCUGCGGGGAAAGAAGGGAAUGGAUCCGCGGGCAAGGAAGCAGAGAAGGACGCGGGACCAGCUUCGACAGAAGCUGUCAACAUACCUCGCGGGAGAGAAGCCGGGCAGUCCGAAAGAGAAGCAAGUCGGGCGAUGGACGACUUCGCGAUGGAUCUCUCGCCGAGCGACAUAAGGAUACUCGCCGACGACGCGUCUCGGCUGCUCGAGCACGACGCCACCCGGAUGCUCGAGCACGACGCGACGCGCAUGCUCGAAGAGGACGCAACACGCUUGCUCGAGGACGACGCGGCGCGCAUGCUGCAGGACGACCCCUUCAUGAACCCGCUCGCACCGUCCGCAGCGCUCACCGACGAGGAUCUGUUGGCCCUCCUGUCCGCAGACAUCACGCUCAAUCUCGGAGACGAUCGGCCCUCCUCCAUCCCACAGGUCUACCCCGACAAGGUCGGCAACGCCUCCUCACCGCAUGGCCUCUCCAAUUCCCCGCACUCACACAACCUUUCCUCCUCGCCCCAUGGCCUGUCCUCGCCGCCCGGCUUUUCCUCUUUGUCGCUCUCCCCUCCGCACCACGGACCACUCUCCCCUUCGCGCCACCUCACCGCCCCGCCUGACCUCAGCCCGAGCCAGAUCGAGGACCUCUGGCGGCAGCUUGGGUCGGUCGAGAUCCCGGAUUUGGGCGCGGGUGGGGGUAGCGGAGGUGGGCUGGCAGGGCUGCAUCCCAGUGGCGGUCCGGCAGGCUCGGAACCAAGAGGUGGCCAGCGGAUACCCAACCGCCAGGGAAGCGGGCGAGGUGCCAGCACGCGUGCAGGACAGGCCGGACAGCACUUCGCGAACGGGUACGGCUUUCGCGACGCCAACGGGCAGCAUAUACCCGGUCUGCCCGCCACGGACGACCUGUUCGGCCUGACCGCGAACUUGUCCACGACGCCAGUGGCGGGGAGUAUGUUCGGGUUCUGAAUUCUGCCGGGACGAGGGAGUGAGCAGAGGGACAGGCCGAGAGGAGGUACGAGGAUGCUGGAAGGAUUGGAAGACAUCAAUCGUAUAAUUCAGGAUUUAUGACGGCGCGGAGGAAGCUGAGGGCCAGAAAGAGAUCUAUGUUCGAAUGUAAUGACGCCGUGCACAGGAAGGGUACAACACUGGAAUGCUAUACUGUACUUUGGAAGAAUAUGGUAUGAGUUUAACGAAGACCCCAAGAGCACCUACUGGUACUAGCAAGUGUGUUCACAGUGCAUGAACUCAAGGCGCCUACAUAACCUCACGGCACUUGCAUGAACCUACGGCGCCUGCAUAAACUCAUGGCACCGA